AUGAGAAAAAUGACUUCAGUCUUGCGGGACCUUUCGGACCACAAUAUGGUGCACUUCAUCAUACAACCUCAGAUUGUUGCUAGAACACUAGCAGGGGUGUUUUCACUGGUUAUAUUUGCCUCCUUGGUGACUGAAGGAUAUCAAAAUUUGACAACUUCUUCCCAGCUACAUUGUAUUUUUAAUGAUAAUGGGGCAGUCUGCUGCUAUGGCAUCACAGUUGGUGUACUUUCUUUUCUCCAGUGUCUCCUCUUUUUGGGCUGUGAUGUCUAUGAUACUUGCAUUACUAAUCACAAGUUCAAGUAUGCUAUCCUUAUAUUGGAUGUUACUUUCUCUAUGACAUGGACAUGCCUGUGGUUUAUUGGAUUCUGUAUCCUAACCAAUCAGUGGAACCGGUCAACUCACUCCUACCUGCUGGGAACUAGUGCUGCACGGGCUAGCAUUGCCUUUGCCUUCCUUUCUGUUCCAUGCUGGGGAUACCUAGCCUAUCUGGCUGUGAAAAACCUGUGGGCUGAGCCACCUGUGCCGUAUAAGCGGACGCUGGAUGAAGGAUCUGUUGCUCUGACCACUCUUUCUACAUCCACCUCCUCCUCUCUUCCCAGUAAUAUGGGGUUCCCUGAAAAUGUGGGUGCAGCUUCCUACCCAUCCACUCCUGUACCUCAUCGACUAACGUUAAUGAAUACUGACGACUAA